AUGGCACACGCCGAGGAAGAAUACGCCAAGUUGGUGCGUGAACACUGGUCAUAUCAACUUGUGCGGGAAUUAGCGGACGAAAAGUUGCAUUUAAAUAGUACGAGUAAAUCUGUCGCAAUUAGAGAUCUACAUCCGAAGGCGCGCAUUCAUUUUAUGGUGCUGCCGAGAAAGGCUAUAGAUACUCUGCAUGAGCUCACAACCGAAGAUGUUGAGCUGCUGGAGGACAUGUAUCAGCUGGGGAUACGCGUAAUUAAAGACAUGAGACUAGAUGAGGCGCAGUUCAACUUUGGAUACCAUCUGAAACCGCACAUGAAGCGGUUGCAUUUGCAUGUCAUUUCAAACGAUUUUGACUCGCCGAGCCUGAAAAGAAGACACCAUUGGACCAUUUUCAAUUCCGAAAUAUUCCGAUCGCAUGAAGCGGUAUUGCAGGAACUGAAGUUGUUCGGCAAAAUCGUGGAACGCUCGGAUGCUUACAUUCAAUCGUUACGCGAAGGUCCUCUUAAGUGUAACGUUUGCGAGUUUCAGACCGAACAUCUCCACUUAAUUAAACAACACAUAACCAUCCACGUUACAAAAAUAGAUAGAAUGCACUUAUGGUGAACUGGUUUACAUUUUUUGUUUUCCGUUUAUUAGUUUUUGUGCGAUUUUGGUAUAAGGUUCGUCAUCGAUCUACGAAGAAAGAUCAUUCUCUUCGAAUUAAACUCUCUUAUUGUAUUUCAAAUAAUAAUUUGAAACAUGUAUGCAUCGGUUACAGUCAUUACGUGAUUUUUUUCAAUCACAGAUAUUGAUCUCGAUCAAUGAUACUAAAGCAACAACAAAAAUAA